CGGAAAAUCAUUUGACUGCCUUCCCGGUUGAAUUUUUAGCUGAAAUUUGGUAUGGGUAAACUAGACUUAAUGAACAAGAUGCUAAAAAAAUUUCUUAAAAAAAUUCUACCAGGAACCGCCCCAAUUAGCGACGGCCGGACAGAACCUCCUAUAUAAGGGGCUAAUUGAUCACUUUAAGUCAGUUCAAGGGCCUAUUUGACCCUUUAGCCUAUAUUAUUCCAUACCCAUAAAUAUCUUUUAUUGACCAACAAUUUUAUAACCCAAGUAUGUAUUCAUGCAUUCUUAAAAUAGCUACGUGUGUGUUAUAUAAAUAUUAUUACUUUUUCCUUUUAGAUAUUAAUUUAUGUUAUACGAAGUAUUUGGUAUAUAAUGAAAGAAUGCCAAAGUUAAAAAACAUUUGAUGGAGUAUAUGGCCCAGGAACCCCCGGCCCAUAGACUCCUAUUCCUCCUACACAAGUCCAUUGAACUCAGGAAACAACUCAGGCCCAAAUACAACGGCCCAAGCCUCAAAGUGGCCCAGAAUACACACUGGGGUGCCUUCGGCCUCCUUGGCCGAAGGCUUCAAAACUCACAGGAUAGCCUUCUCUGGCAUAAGAAGCUGCUGGGAGAAAACAGGCGGAGACGUGAGCCUUCAGCAUUCUCAUGCCCUCAGCACCAGGGGAAGCCUUCGGCUGAACCAAGCCUUCGGCUACACGAGGAGCCCCCGGCUACACAAGGAGCCCUCGGCUACACGAGGAGCCUUCGGCUACACGAGGAGCCUUCGGCUGAACGAGCUCAAUCAUCGAAGAUUCCUUUUAGAGACAGCCAACCACCGCAUUUAAUGCCACGUCGCAUCCGCCAACCGCAUUCAAUGCGGUUGACGUACCACUGCCGGUGCCACUAGGCUGAUGUGACCCUUCGGCCGUUGGAUUACUGACACGUGUCCUCUCAUCGCAUUUAUUGCUGCUAUAAAUAGCAGCCCAUUUCUCCUUGUAAAACACAACCUACAUCCCAACUCCACACGCUGAGUUCAUUUAAUAAAUCGACUCUCUCUCCUCCUAUUUUGCUCUGACUUCUCUCUAGUUAUUCCCGCAAUAACCCCUCGGAUAAGAUACCCCCCGGGUAGACUAUCCAUCAACAUUAAAGACUAUUAAUUUGUAGUAAUGUAGUGUAUAUGACUUUUGUUGUAUCAUAUUUGUGUAGUUUUAUAACUUAAUUAAUAUGGUUUGAAUCAUAGCUCUUACGCCUCGACUAUGAACUAUAUUAGAAUUAAUAUUCAACUUAGAACAAAGAAAAACAUUAAAUGUUUGUAUUAUGUUCAAUAAUUUAACGAUAUUCCUUUUAUAUGUUCUCGUGAACUUAAUACAGAUGAUAUUAUACGAUUGUAUAUUGCAUUUUGCUAUAUUUUUACUAAAUUUCUUUCACGGUUUGAGUCUUUUUAAAUUUAAAUACAUAAGUGUCAACCUGUUGAAUCUUUUCUAGUAUUUAGUAUGCACUUUCUUAUAUUCUCAUCAAAUUUUCACGUCAAUUGGCUCGUGUGAUGAUAUCUACUAAUAGCAAAAUUUGUUCAAAUGUUUCGGCAUGUGUUUGGCAUUGUACUGAACUGUUUUGUGCCGUUCCGAAACGACAUGGUACCGAAUGGUUCUAUUCUUAGAACCGGACCGUACCGAACCGAUAGAAACAUCACAGAUACAUUACAGGUUUUGCUAAUUACCGAACUGUUCCAGACCGCGCCCACCCCUAAAUAUACACACAUGUUAAUUAAAUACUACAUCUGUUCUCUUUUAAUUGCAACAUUGGACUUUUUGCGCUAUUCACAUAUUCUACUUCGACUAUAUUUUAUUAAUUAAUGCAUUAUAAAUUAAAUUUUUAAAAAAUAUUGUUAAAUUCUUCUCAUUCUAAAUUUUCAAAAUAUGAAUUUUUUAAUUUUUUUUACUAAUAAGGGAUGAAAGAUAUUAAUAGUCAAACUUGUGCGUUGGCAAACGUGAAAUAUUUACUGUUGCAAUUAAAAAGGAGUAGAUUCUAUGGUACCCUUAAGGUACCAUAUCUUUGUCCACAUGGACCAAUAGGAAUGAUGAAGUUGAAUUAAUUAAAUUUAAAUUAAAAGGAAUAGAAUGAUUUGGACCAAUCUGAUGUAUGGUAGGUAUGACAUCCCAGUUUUUGAAAGGAUACCGGCGUCGUCACUUCAAAAGGACUUAAAGGAAGUAUAUGCUAAUCUCUAUCCAUUCUUCUUUGUUGUUCCGCCUCAUCUCUAUCCCUUCUUCUCUAGUGCUGGUUAGGGCCGUUAACGAACCGAGCUUUUAUCAAACUAUUCGAGCUCGAGCUCGUUUUCGAACCUAACGAGCCGAGCUUAAAGAGCUUCGAACUCGAACUCGAGCUGAGUUUUAAGUUCGAAAAAUUAAUCGAGCCGAGCUCGAACAUAGUAGUUUUCGGCUCGGUUCGAACUCGAGCCUAUCGAACACCCUAAAAUUUUAAAAAUAAUUUUAUAUAUGUCAAAAUUUAAAUAUAAUUAGUAUGGUUUUAUGAAUUUAAAUAUGAUUAUUAAUGAACUGAAUACUUGUCGAACCAUUCGAGCACGAGCCUAUUAACGAGCAUCAUCUAAAAUUUUAAAUUCGGGCAUAUUUAUCGAGCUUAUCGAGCGCUCGGUUCGAACAUCGAACGCCUAUCGAGCCGAACACGAGCCUCAUUUGUAAAGCUCGCCGAGCUUCGAGCUCGAACCCGAACACCCCUUAUUCCUUAACGAGCCGAAUUCGAGCUUUGGGUGUUCGGGCUCGGUUCGGCUCGUUAACAGCCCUAUUGCUGGUUUCUUCUUUCACCCAUCCUCCUCACCGCAAACCAACCUUUUUUUGUCCCUUUCUGCUUUUGUCUUCCACCCCACUCAUAUAAAAAAAGAUAGGCCACCGUAUAAACGAAUUCCAACAAGAACACAUUUUAACCUUGUUCAAUCAAUGUAAAAAAUGAUGAGAUUUUUUAUAUGGCUCAAAUUGAACCAUAAAAAUUGAAGCUCGAACUCUAAAACGAAAGUUGACUCACCAGCCCCUGACCAUUAAUACAUAUUCAUUCCAUAUUGAAAUUCAAGUCAAGCUUGGAAAUGGGGGAAAUUAAUCAUCUCCGCUCUUUACGAGAAACCCAAACUAAAAAAUGAAGGAAAACAGAAAAUAGGGAUUCAUAUAGAGAGGAAAGAAGUUAAAUAUAUAGAGGAACCAAUCUUUUUAGAAAUACGGAGUAUUAGAAUAUGUGAGACAAAGGUUGUAAGGUUUCUAACCAGACACAAAACGAAGAUAGAAGGGAUGAUAAAGAGAAACGGAGAACAACAGGUGAGAGGUGGUAUUGCGGCGAAGAGAUCUGCAUCAGCUCACCAGACGGUGGAGAGUUUGGACGUUUGGUGAUGAGCACCUAAUAGUGUCUCUCUCUUGCUAGAUAGUGGCUACGGGCGAUUAUCACUAAGUUGGGAGCCUAUGGGCUGGAACAAGAAAGGACAAGGGCCUAGAGAGUUAGAGCAAAAAUUUGACGGUUUAUGUUGCAUGUAAGAGAGUUGACUACAAGAGUUAAUGGAGCGUCCUCAAACAUCAAUCUUAGCUAUUGUAACGUUUUCUGUACAUUAUUAGGUUCUUUAAUGUGAUUAAGAAAGGUAUUAAUGACAAUUGACCAAUUUUUAUGACAGACUCGAAAUCGUCAUAACGGAUGGUCAACCCGCGAGUAACGGACAAAACCAUCAUGAGAGCAUUAACUACCCUUCCUAUAAAUAGGACAUCCUCCAUUGUAAUCAGCAACUACACAUUCGAAUAAUAUAAUACACUGAAUUUCACUCU